AUGAACACCUUUGAGCGUAAGAGUAUCGAGCUCGAGGUGAAAGUCCGCCACCUGGAAGAGCAGCUCGCUCAGGCGCACCAAACCAUCCAGUACGUUCUCCAGCUACAGGUGCAACAAGCCUCACGGCACCAUGGAUGGUACAACGGCGGCGACGAGUUUCGAAUUCGCGAAUUGGAGGCCCAGGUGGCUUGCCUCCGGGUUCUCGAGGAUGGCCGCGGCUAUAACACCCCACGAUUAGCUCUCGACCUUCCGAGCCGCCGCGGACGACUCGGUCCGACCGCCUUCGAAUACGGCUAUCCCUCACCGGGGAGCGAGAAGGCAAAGAUCUACCCGCAGCAGCAGGACGAGGGUGAUCUGCUCGGUGUCGAAGACCUCAGACCCAGCGUGUCCACAUCAAGCACCACGACACUGCUCGAUGGGGAUGCAAGUCUCGAGCCAAAAACUACUUCAACUACCAACGCAGGCAUACCUUGCACCUCCUUCGGCACUGGAUCUUCACCCCACGACCUGGUAGACUUGUCCGGGGGGCUCGGUAUCUCCCAUCUGUCCAAGGGCGGGCAAGCUACCACCACUCCACAAGUCCCGGCAGCCGAACAUGCUCUAGACCCAGCCAAGACCAAGCUCACCAUAACCGAAGACGGCGGAUGGACGGCCGUCGUUGCCCCGGCUCCACCGAAGCGUGAGCUCAGGUUCAAGAAGCCAUUCCUAGCCUUCGAGCACAAGAAGCUCGAUGGCCUCGCGACGUUCAUUGAGGAUUGGCCGGAGGACGAGCAGAUGUCGAACUGGGAUCGGCUGGCAGCGAGGGAUGGCCGGCACUCAGCAUCGGAGUGGAAGGCGUACUACGAGGCGACGGUGCAGCCCACGUUCCUUCGGAAGAUGAAGGCAAGGCAGGCUGCCGAGGAAGCUGUCGCUGCGACUCGGAUGGAAGAGGAAGCGAAGGAGUACGAUGCAGGGGACGAGGCGAACGGAACCAGAGAUCAGUCGCCGACAACUCCUGAGACGCCAGACCAACCCACGAAUGGCGUCGAAGGUGACCAGCAGACAGCUCAGCAAGACGCGGAGCCAAAAGCUUUGGCAGAGGCUGGCGGUAUCCUUGCUUCUCGCUGGGCACCCAAGGAGCAGAUCGACCAUGCGGAGCUCUUCGAGAAAUCGCCAUAUUCGCUGCCGAAGUCGCCCAAGGUCACCACCGCGGAUGCCAUGGCCCCUAUCGAUGCAUCUAUGUUCCGUUUCGAUGGCGACGACGAAGACUCGCCGCCGAAGACCAAAGCGGCCAGGUCCGACCAGGUGCAGAUUGCGACCACUGGUCAAGAUGCACAGACAGGGUUGGAGAAGACAAUGGAGGACGAGUCCCAGCUUCCGAGCCCCAAAACACCUACAGGAGCUUCCGCCGUGCAACCAUCCACAUCCUUACCACCACAUGUGAGGAAGAGGGUGGCUCCGCCAACACCUCCGGUCGAUUCGAGCGACAGUGAGCUCGGCGGAGGAUGUGACAAUGAGCUUGUCGGAGGAUGUGGCAGGCCGCCGCGUGGGCCACGAGGACCACGUGGGGGGUCCCGACGAGAUGGUUGGGAUGUCCUCUUCAGGUACAACUCGAAGGAUGAAGGAAUAUGCCACAGCGUCCUCAUCUCCGGCCUUCCAUGUACCACCACGCUGGCAGAUGUCGUGGCCAAAGUCUCCGGAGGCAUCAUCGUCUCGACUGUGUUCGCGACGAUGGCUGGGAUGAAGCUGAAGAGCGGUCAAUCAACCACCACAAACGCGGCUGUGGUCAAGUUCUUCGGCAACGGCAGGGCAGCAGCAUUCGUGAAACACUGCCAGCAACACCCGAUCACCUUCACCACCGACUUCACCUCCUCACUAACCCAAGCCGCCGUCACACUCAUCCCCACCCCAACCCGCCCGCUCCCCAACACCCUCGCCUUCAACUUUCACAACCACAACCUCACCCGCGUCCUCUUCAUCGUCGACCCCGAGCACAACUGGACGCCCGAAGACGUCGUGCAGGAGUUCCAGCGCUUCAUCCUCUACGACGAGAACAAGGGCGUCAGACGUCCGUUGGUCAUGGGUCGCGCUUACGAUGACAUGCUGUUCUUUGAGUUUGCGGAUGUGAAGGAUGCGCAGAGUGCGUGGCAUGUGGUGGAUCGAGAUACGGGGUUCUUUGGGGGUGCGAGUAAGGGGCCGUGGCCGGAUCCUUGCGAUCGGCCGUUGGGAGGAACCCUGAAGUGUCGAGGUGAGGAGGAGGGAGGGGAGGUGGGGGAGGUGGGGGAUGGGGAGGAGAGUGAGGGGUCCAAGAUCAAGGUAUCUGGCUCUGAUGCUGGGGUUGACGAUGUGUCGGUGAAAGGAGAGGAGGAGGAGGAGGAGUAG